CAGUAUGGAGAAUUAUAUGACAAUAUUGAUGUCACAAGAGAAGGUAGUGUGGACUGGGAUAAAUUUGCCUCUCAUAUGUUACUUGAAUUUUAUGAAAAAGAUGACAGAGUCAAAUCAACACAAGUUCCACAGUGGAAAGAUCUUAAAAAUUUACUCAGUCCACAUAAAGAUAUUGUACAGCGUGUAUCAUAUUUAAAAAAUACUAAUAGAUAUGUUGGUAUUAGUAAGGAAGGAUGUGUUUCUAUGUGGAAUCAAGAUUUAAAACUACAGAAAUCAUUAAAGAUAUCUACUGGUGCUUAUAGAGCUAGAGAUUUAUGGGUUAUGGAUUUUGUUUUAUUACAAAAUGUAAACAAGAUAGCCUUAGCAUUUACCUCCAAAGAAAUAGCAAUAUAUGAUUUAAGUAGUAAACUAGAGUUUUUAUGUCAGUAUACAGUACAAGAUCUACCAUUUACACCUUUAUCAUUAGAUUACUGGUAUAAUCCAGAUAAUCCUAAUGAAGCUAAUUUAGUUUGGGGUGAUGUUGGUGGUGUAGUUAAUAUAUUAUUUUUUAAUUCUGCUAAUAUUGCCUUAUUUGAACGUCCUACAGCGCCUGCAGGAGAUAAACAAGGUAGACCUUUUAUCUCAUUUUACACUUUGUUUAAAAAUGCAUCCUACACAUCGUAUUUAGCACAUAAAGAUAUUAAAGAUAAAGUAGAAUGGGUCAGACAAGUGAUGUUUUCACAUUAUUUAGAAUGUUUUAUAAGUUGUGCUACUAUGUCUAAUAAUGCUGUAGUAAUAGGCUGGAUGGAAAAACACAGUGCCGUUAAUGAAAAUAUCAAAUUAUCACAAUGUGAAUUCAACAUAUCACAAGGUGUAAAUGCUUUUGAUUAUAAUGAACAACUGAAUCUAAUUGCCACUGCAGGGGUAAAUAAUCAUGUCUGUUUAUGGAAUCCUUAUGUAGUUUCUAAACCAAAUGGGGUAUUAAGAGGACAUAUGGCUGGGGUAGUUAAAGUACAAUUUAUUAAAAACAGAGGUCAACUUAUUAGUUUUUCUAAAGAUAAAGUUUUACGUAUUUGGGAUGUACAACUACAAGUGUGUAUACAGAGAUUAGCUGGCAUGUUUCCUAAAGGUCCAGAAGUGAAUACAACAUUAUAUUUCGAUGAUAGUAGAGAUCGGCAUGGUUUAGAAAGAAAUAGGUUAUUUAUAACUUUUAAUUAUCAAAUAACCAUGAUGGAGAUGAAGGUUGAGAUAAAGAAUAGAGUAAUUAGUCAUGAUAAACCAGUUAUAUCAGCUUUAUAUAAUACAGUCUUUAAUCAGGUUGUAAGUCUGUGUCAAGGUGGUACAUUAAUAAUGUGGAUGAUAGAUACUGGUCAGAAAGUUAAACAAUUUAAUAAAGUACAUGGUAAUUCUGAAGUAACAUGUUUAGCACAAGAUCCCUCUGAAACGCGUAUUUAUACUGGUAGUACUGAUGGCAGUGUAAAGGUGUGGGAUUUUAAUGGACACUGUUAUCAUGUAUUAGAAUGUGCUGGAGGACAACCUGCUGAUUUAGGUCAGAUAUUGAUAUUAAAAAGAAGUGUUAUAGUUUUAGGUUGGACCAGAUAUUUAACAGUGUUUCGUAAUACCAGUUUUAAAGAUUAUCAUGUACAGCCUGCUGAUUGGAAAGGUGGACAGGCACAUACUGAAGAUGUGUUGAAUGCAGCAUUUGUUGGUCCCCAUACUCUAGCUAGUGGAUCAUAUGAUGGUGAUAUAGUUAUAUGGAAUACUAAUUCAGAACAAGCCACCAGACAUUUAAGUCAGAGAUCAAAAAGAGAAGUUAUCAAAUCAAGAACGACAACGGGUCCCUGUAAAUCAAGAGGUUUAUCUAGAGUUAGUGAAAGUAGUACUGAUGAACAGGUACUUAGAAUUUUACCUUUGAUUGUGUAUGGUAGGAACUUUGUUUGUAAACUGCUAUUUUUAGAAUCAAGAAAAAGUAACUCUGCCAGUCGUGGUGCUAAUUUAGUAUCAUGUGGUGGUAAUGGAUGGGUGAGAUUUUGGAAUGCCAACCAUGGAACUUUAAUUGCAGAAUUUGUGGCUCAUGAACAUGCUGGGAGUAUCAAGAUGGCUACUGAUAAAUAUAACCAGUAUCUAGCUACAGGAGAUGUUGAUGGCAAUAUUAAAGUAUGGGAUAUAUUAGAAUAUUGUAUCCAUGAAUCAGAGCAAAUAGUAAAAACAUGUCCUCCUUUGAUAUCUCAGUUCCAACCUCAUAUAGAUAUGAUAAAUACAAUAGAAAUUUGUGAGAGAAAUGAGCGAGUAUUAAUCAUCUCAGCAUCUUGUGAUUCCAGUGUGGCUGUCUGGGAUGUUUUUGGUAAUAAAAUAGGAAUAUUUGGUCAGGUAGGGCAAGAUUAG